AUGGAACAUUUAACUCAAAAUAAUUCAAUCAAGCUUUCCUGGAGAUGACUUCUCUUAUCUCUCCUUACUCAUCCUAAGCAACCUCCAAUAAAGCUUCAGGUUUUGGAUACUGUUUUUAUCGAUUCUGAAAAUAAUAUUGACCUAUGAGUCUAUACAGAUAAUAUUGGCUACAUUCAUUCAAAACCGAAAUCCUAUUUGAAAUCAACUGAAAUCGUUAGAUUCUUUCUAAGGCAUAAUCUUUCAAAAGAGGAGCAAUCACAUUUUAAGAAUGCUCUAGACAAUAAAGACGACUGGCUUAAAAUUCAAUACCGAGACAGGAAAACUUGCUUUAGCGUACGAAAAGACGGUACACGAAAAAUCCUUUAUUUAUCAAAUUUGACGAAGUUAAUGGGACAAUCAUUUCCUAUGGUUUUUCAAGAUAUUGAAGCAUUACAGCUUUAUAAAUUUUCAAUGAUUACUUAUGAUUUUUUUUAUGUAGUAAGUAUUGACCCCUCAGAAGAUUCAUAUAAAAUAGACAUUAAAAAAAUUAUAUAUAACCACAACUAUCCAAACCGAAUAAGUAGAAUUGAGCAUAUUACUGAUAAUUUAAUAAAAGAAUCCUUCAAAAAAGUUUCUAAUGACUUGAUGUCUUCUCUCUCAGGAAUUUGUACUAUAAUACACUGUGAGUUUUUAUUUAUCGAAGAUAAACAAAACAAAUUGUGACUUGCUGGUUGUCAAAAUUCAACAAUUUUCGCUAAAUCCUUUUUGCCAAAAUCCAGAAGUCAUGAUGAAAUAAAUAUUGACCCAACCGAUAAAUAUAAACUCCCAAGUUUAAACUCAUCGUUUUUCGAUUCUACUGCAAUUUCUUCUCCACAAGGGCAUAAUAGAACUCAAUCAAAUAUCAUUCCAGCGAAGUUUUUAUUAGACUCAGAUGAAAAAGUCCUAAUUAGAUCAAAAGUGAAACAUAAAUUAACUCAUACAAAUGUUGUAGAUAGAGUGCAAUUAACAAAUUUUUCAGCUGUGAUUCGAAAUAAAAGUAUGAAAUCGCAGUCUGUUGAUAAAAUUAAGCUGCCAAAGUCUGUUUGAAAAAUUAAGAAAAAAAAGAAAAAUAAUGUGAUGGUGGCAAAUGAGAGAGUAGUGAAAUAUAUAAAUGAGAGAAAUGAUGAGGACUCUUCGCCAAAUAUUAGAUUUAGAUACUUUCCGAGGCAGAUUAAAGGUGAAAGCAAAGUUUUUGAAGCUAUAAAUAGAGUGUUUAGUAGCAAAUCAUGGCUUAAUUAG